AUGGUGAGAGGUUUUGGCAAGCGGUUUCAUCCGACGUCUGUCAAUGAUGCACGAUGCUUCUCUUGUCAGCCGGAUUGCUUGCAUCCAAGCUCAGGCCAGCAUCCUGACUCGGUCCGGUCCGAUAGUUCCUCCCAGGGCAUAUUGUCCAAGGACCGGGGUAGCUCAAGGGAUAUCAAACCACCUAACCACCUCUGCCGACGAUAUCCACAUACCGCAGCGGGACAUUUCAUCUCCACGAGCGUGGAGCAACAAGGGAGCCGGACAAUGGCUCCGACCACGUCCAGGCCCCUUGCGUCGCUUGUUCCUGUGAAAUUGAAAGAGGAAAAAAAAUCUGACGUGCGCACAGAAUCAAACUUUUUCUCCGAAACGAGGGUCGCCGUUUGCGAACCAAAUUGCUCAGCCCGCAUUGACAGAAAAACUUCUCUCAUGCCGUCGAGGAGCUUAGUAUUAGCUGCAGGUUCCCAGCGCGGCGGGUGGGCCAGCCAGACCCGUGGCACCCUGAUGGGCUUCUUACUGGCCGAGGAGGCCAUCGUGAGUUUGAAGCCCUGCAGGGUCAGCGCCGUCGAGUGA